AUGAGAUUCUUUAUCAUCCUUCUUUUGGCUCUUUUGGCUGUCACUGCUCUUGGUAAGUCAAACUUACUGUAAUUUAAAACAAAGAUAGAUAAGUUACUUAUAUUAAAAACCAAAACUUUUUGAGUAAGAUUCUAUUGUAACUAUAAAAAGCUGUAGGAGCAGCCCGCCACGGUAAGAAGCCUGUUCACAAGAAGCCAGCCCACCAUCCUCCAGCGCACAAAGCUCCAGCUCACAAAGCCCCAGCCAAAGCCGGUACCAAAGCUCCAUCUGGAACUAGUGCCACUUCAGCUGCCAAGACUACUGGUGUCGCUGCGGCCGCUACUACCGCCAAGGCUUCUUAA